GUGGAGUGUAGGCAACAUCACCAGAAAGACGUGGUCCUGACAGACAGAUAAUUCUACUCCCUACCAAAAUGAAGAUGCUGCUGCUGUGUUUGGGACUGACCCUAGUUUGUGUUCAUACAGAAGAAGCUAGUUCCAAGGGACAGAACUUAAAUGUAGAAAAGAUUAAUGGGGAAUGGUUUUCUAUUCUCCUGGCCUCUGACAAAAGAGAAAAGGUAGAAGAACAUGGCAGCAUGAGAGUUUUUGUGGAGUACAUACAUGUCUUGGAGAAUUCCUUAGCUUUUAAAUUCCAUACUGUUGUAGAUGAAGAGUGCUCCGAAAUAUUUUUGGUUGCUGACAAAACAGAAAAGGCUGGUGAAUAUUCUGUGAUGUAUGAUGGAUUCAAUACAUUUACUAUACUUAAGACAGACUAUGAUAAUUAUAUCAUGUUUCAUCUCAUUAACGAAAAGGAUGGGGAAAACUUCCAGGUGAUGGAGCUCUAUGGCCGAGAACCAGAUUUGAAUUCAGACAUCAAGGAAAAGUUUGUAAAACUUUGUGAGGAGCAUGGAAUCAUUAAAGAAAAUAUCAUUGACUUAACCAAAACCAACCGCUGCCUCCAGGCCCGAGAAUGAAGAAUGGCCUGAGCCUCCAGUGUUGAGCGGAGACUUCUCACCAAGACUCCAGCAUCCUCUCUUCCGAUCGAUACAGCAUCCGAUGACAAGUUCUGUGAUCUGCUUUCCAUCCUGUCUCACAGAGAAGUGCAAUUCGGUCUCUCCAGCAUGUUACCUAGGAUAACUCUUCAAGAAUCAAAGACUUUCUUUAAAUUUCUCUUUGACACACCCAUGACAAUUCUCCAAAAAUUGCUUCCUCUUCCUGUUCAAUAAAUGAUUACACUUGCACUUAAA